GUAGUGAGCUGCUGGAACGCAGUGAUGGAGGCCUUGUUAUGUGACGUCACAGGUACAAACAGAGAGAGGAGAGAGAGAGAGAGACAAUAUUUCCCAGUGUUUUAGCCCUUUGUGCCCCCCCCUCUCUGGAUCAUCUGGAGUGGCGGGAGUCAUGGAUUCAGACGAGGAGUACCCGUACGACUGCGACAGCGGCAACGAGUCGAGCGGGGACGACGUGGGUCUUGACUUCGACAUCGAGGGUGAAUCAGGCAGCAGCAGCAGCAAGUACAGGGACACUGAGGACUACCCUUACGAGGUCCUCUCCACCGAGGACAUCACCAGGCACAUGAUAGACUGCAUCAAGGAGGUCAACAGUGUGGUUAAUAUUCCAGUUACAACAACAAGAAUAUUGUUGAAUCACUUUAAAUGGGAUAAAGAAAAGUUAAUGGAACGGUUCUAUGAUGGCGACCAGGAAAAAUUGUUCUCAGAAGCUCAUGUUGUCAGUCCCUUUAAAGCAACUACUAAAACACCAAAAGUACCUGUUAAAACUACUAAUGGAAUGGAAGAGUGUGAAAUCUGCUUCCUGAACAUGCCUUCUGCAAUGAUGACGGGUAUAGAAUGUGGACACCGGUUUUGUACAAGUUGUUGGACUGAAUAUUUAACUACAAAGAUUAUAGAUGAAGGCAUGGGCCAAACCAUUUCCUGUGCUGCUCACUCCUGCUCUAUCUUAGUUGAUGACCACACUGUGAUGAGGCUCAUUGUAGAUCCGAAAGUUAAACUUAAAUAUCAACACCUUAUAACAAAGAGUUUUGUUGAGUGUAACCGACUAUUACGCUGGUGCCCGUACCCAGACUGUAAUUAUGCCAUCAAAGUGCAGUAUCCUGAUGCUCGGCCGGUCAUGUGCAAAUGUCGCAAUGUAUUCUGUUUUAACUGUGGUGAGAACUGGCAUGAUCCCGUUAAGUGCCACCUUCUCAGACGCUGGAUUAAGAAGUGUGAUGAUGACUCGGAAACAUCCAACUGGAUCGCUGCAAAUACAAAGGAAUGUCCAAAGUGCAAAGUGACUAUUGAGAAAGAUGGUGGAUGUAAUCACAUGGUAUGCAAGAACCAGAGCUGUAAGGCUGACUUCUGUUGGGUCUGCCUUGGACCAUGGGAACCUCAUGGAUCUUCAUGGUACUCGUGUAAUCGUUAUGAUGAGGACGAAGCUAAACAGGCUCGGGAUGCCCAGGAAAAAUCUCGUGCUGCUCUUCAACGUUAUUUGUUCUACUGUAAUCGUUAUAUGAACCACAUGCAGUCAUUAAAGUUUGAGCACAAAUUAUAUGCUUCAGUUAAAGAAAAAAUGGAAGAGAUGCAGCAGCACAAUAUGUCAUGGAUUGAGGUUCAAUUCCUCAAGAAAGCGGUCGACAUAUUGUGUGAGUGUCGGCAAACAUUAAUGUUCACAUAUGUGUUUGCAUAUUACCUGCGGAAGAACAACCAGUCAGUAAUAUUUGAAGAUAACCAGAAGGACGUUGAAAGUGCUACUGAGACUCUGAGUGAGUACCUGGAACGUGACAUAACUCAAGAAAAUUUGGCAGAUAUAAAACAAAAAGUUCAAGAUAAAUAUAGGUACUGUGAUCAGCGCCGUAGAAAAUUACUAGAACAUGUUCACGAAGGUUAUGAGAAGGACUGGUGGGAGUACUCUGAACCCUAAGAUAGUGAAAUUCAAGCAUAUUAGUGAAGUUUUGUAUUAAUUUUUCAAGAAUCUGUGCUAUAUAUAUAUUGAUAACAAUUGAAAAUAUUGCAUACAGUAUAUACGUGUUCACAAGUUGAUAGAUGUUUGGAGUUAGCAAGAUCAGUCAUAAAGCUAGCUGCUCAGAAAUCACUAAGGCUGAUGUUCAUACUGUUUGAACAUUGAACAUUACUUAUGAGUUGGAUAAUAACUUUUCUUGUAUUUGUUAAACACUUAUUUUCGACAGACUGCAGUAGACACCCGUUAAUUCGUGGUGUUUGAUUCAUAAUCCAUGAUGAUUUAGUUACUGGUAUCAUAAAUUAUGGGACAGAUAUAGAGAUUACUGGAACAUUAAAUUCCCACCUCCCAAAUUUAAAAAUAUAUAAUGGCAGUUACAUUGAGUUUCUUCAGCCUUGUGUAUACCCUGUAUUCAUGUGUUCACCCCUCUAGUUACUAGCCACAUUCACUGUGCUUAACCCAAAAUACACACAAAAUCCAAAGUACUCCAAGAGAGGAAAAUCAGGACUUUUGUUUGUCUUCAAAUCUGAAUCAUUGUGUCCCACUCUGUUUCUUCAUAACUAAUCUUCCUUAUGAGUAUCAGGUUGGAUGUCCUUCCUCCUCCAUUAGCACUUUCUUUGCUGAUAACUCAUUACUUUCAUUAAGCCCAUCUUAGCAGAGUUUUAUUAAUAAUAUUCACAGUAUGUAGACGUUUAAGAACUACCAGUGUAAUGAAACUAGAUCUUACUUCAUGGUAUUAUGCAGGUUUACAUUAGCCUCCAGACUGCAGCAGUUUAAAAAUUUUAUAUUAAACUAAAAUGGAGCAACACACCCAGCAUCUAUAUAUGUUAAUGGUUGUUAGAGAUUGUUGUUUCCUGUGGCUCAGAGAGUAACGACUCCCUCACUAUUAGUGGAUGGAGGAUCGAGCCUCCACCACUCCUUGCGGGGAUGACCCACACGUGUUUAGCGCUUUAUUUUUUUUAUUGUUUUAUACUUUAUGGUUAGAGCAGGCCUUCAAAAUUGGAAAGAAAAUAUUAAGAGGUAAAAAGUAUUAUGAAUGUGCAGGAAAUUAAAGAUAAGUGUACAAUAUGUUGACUGUAAGUAGAAGUUUGUAAGAUGUUUCUGAGAUACAUAUUCACAAAGAAAAGAGUGUAAAACAUUAAACAGACUUCGGUUUUCUAAUCCUAAGAUAGGACAGUUGUACCUUCCUGAAUUAUAGCUGCCUAACAUCUCACUUCAUUAAGAAUUGUCAGGGGUAACUGAUGGUCUGAGAGUUUGUCAUCCAUCCAUAGACUGCACAGGGAUAUUUAAAAAUGAUUUUAUACUUUAAAUGGAAAAGUUUAUCUUAUUAACCUGUAAGUAUGGCAGUUUAGGAACUACAGAAACAUGGAAUUAACUGGUGUCUACUGUGGGCAAAAAAAAAAAAAAUCAGUUUUAAAUCGAGAUCAGUUUCAAGUAAUAAAUGGGAGUCUUAAAUGGCUCUUAGCUUAUUUAUUCUUAUUGACAUUCCUGAUGAGAAUCAAGCAAGCCAGGCAUGAAUCACAAAUAUACUGCUGAGUGACACUUAAUGUCAAGUUAUUGAAAUAUAAUUUGAUGCUGAAAUCUGUUUGUAUUAGACAUAUGUAUUUAAGCAAAACUUAAUGAAUCAAGGGCAUACAUACUUAUUAGUCAUCUAAAAAUGGUAACAUAAGACUGUCUUCUUGCUAGUAAUUAGGGUGGUUAAAGUUUGGCAGUGAUUUAAGCUUGACAGUGUGUGAGAAAAGGGAAAAAUCUCUAUGCAGUUCUUUCUUGCUCUCUCUCUUACUCACAAGAAACACACACACACACACUCACAUACAC